AUGGAUACAGCAAAUGAAGUCUUUAAAAUAGAAAGCAUAUUAGAUAAGAUAUUACCAGAAAAAGAUUUAAAUUUAGUAACUUUAAAAAGUGUUAGGAAAGAUGUAGCUGAUCAUUUAAACGUAGAUGAAUCAUAUUUUUCAGAAAAUAAAGAAAAAAAAGACUUACUAAAAAGAAUUUUAAAAGAAAAAAUUUUUAAAUUAUAUAACGAACAAAAAAAUGAAGAAGUAGAAGAAGAAAAAAAAAAAUAUAAAAAAGAAGAAAUAAAAAAAUCUACAUCAAAGAAUAAUACAAAAAAAAAAAAAGUUAUUGAACGUGAUGAAGAAAAUUUUGAUGAAGAUAAAGGAGAUUCAGGAGAUUCUGAAGAAGUUUAUGCUGAUGGUUUAGAAAGUGAUAGUUCGUUAAAAUCAAAAAAAAAGAAAAAAAGAGAAAUAAAUUCUGAUGAUGAUAAUCCUCCAAAAAAAAAAAAAAAAGAAAAAAUAGAUUCUGAUGAUGAUUCAACAAAAAAAAAGAAAAAAAGAAGUAUCAAUAAUAAUAGUAAGCAAAAAAAUACUCACAUGACUAAAAAGGAGAAGUUAAGAAAAAUUGUAUUAGAAUUAAAAAUAGGUCCCACUAUUUUUAAAGACUUAAACAAAGAAAAUGAAGAUGAAUAUAAUAAAAAGCUUGAACAACGAAUAAUUGAGUUUUGUGAAAAAAAGCAAAUAUGUUCAGAACAAAAGAGAUUGCCAAAUCCAAAUGAAAUACAAGAAUAUAGAAAAAAACAAAAAUUAAAAGAGGAAUUAGAUGGUAUUGAUCCAUCUAAUAUUAUAGAUUCUAGUACAAGGCCAAGAAGAAGAAACCCCAAUUUAUAUAUAAGUCAAAAGUAUUCAGAAAGUGAUGAAGAUGAAGAUGAUGAAGAAGAAAAUGAUAAUGAUGAAUCUGUAGUUGAAAGUGAAGAAGGAGAUGAAGUUGUAGAUGAAGAUACAAUUAAAAAAGGAAAAGGAUUAAAAAAAAAAGACAAAAAGAAAAUGAAAAAUGAAGAUGAUAUAGAUGAAGAAGAUGAGAUGGAAGAAGAAGAAGAUGAAGAAGAUGAAGAGGAAGAGGAAGAAGAUGAAGAGGAAGAAGAGGAGGAAGAAGAUGAAGAAGAUGAAGAAGAAGAGGAAGAAGAUGAAGAAGAAGAAGAGGAAUGA